AUGCGAGCAAAGAGAAAGGGCCGCGACACUGGUCUACAUGUGCUCGGCCCUGAGCCUAAAGAUGUCAAUGUUGAGAUCGUUGCUGUUCAUGGACUUGGAGCCCAUCCCGAAUAUACAUGGACUCACAAAAGUGCCUCAAUAUCGGAUGGCAAUGUGGAAUAUAGUCGUGUUCACUUGCUCAAAGACCUUCUCAUGAAAGAUGAACGCUUUUCUCAAGCUCGGUUCUUACAGUUCUCCUACAACUCAGACUGGCUGAUUGAUGCUCCAAUCGAGUCCGCACAGGAGAUUGGUGUUCGUCUUGUGAGCGCGUUGAGCCAACAUCGGAGCUCUCAUCCUCGAGUGCCCAUUAUUUUCAUCGGACAUAGUUUUGGAGGCAUAGUUAUCAAAGAGGCCCUGUCCUACCCAACAGAGGACUCUUGCGAAAUAUAUCAGGACACCAGUGGCAUUAUCUUUUUGGGUACACCACAUAACGGCUCACCAGUUUCUGGUCUGGCAGCAAUACUUGCAUUGUCAACUCGUCUGUUGGGUUCGGACACUAGCCUUCUUCUCUCUUUACGAAGUAAUGAAACUCACCUUGGCGACUUGAGUAAACGUUUCGCCCGCUGCUUAGAGGACAAGGAUGCAAAAGGGAAGAAAACAAAGAUCAUCUCUAUUUGCGAGAUGAAACCCACCUACAUACUUCAGUGUUUGUCAAUUGGCCUGAUUGUUCCAUGGCACUCAGCAGCCACCACCGCUGGAAAGACUAUUGAAGUCCUCAAGGACCACUCUGGCCUCAACAAGUGCAGAGAUUCAACAGAUCCAUUGUACAUAGAACUAGCACAACAGUUGUGCAAGUUGCAGCCAACUACUGUCCCGGAGCUCAAUAACGUUCAACAAGCUGUAAUUGACCAGCUUACACCAACAGCCGCGAUCUCAGCUAUUUUAAAUUACGACCCCGAAAAUACCGGAGAGGAUGAGGACGAACCUGAAUGCCAUCCUGGAACGCGUUCUGAAAUUCUUGAUGAGAUAUAUCAGUGGCUGGACAAUGAUACUCCAUCCCAAAAGCAUAUCUACUGGCUACAAGGUAAAGCUGGAACUGGCAAGUCGACGAUAUCUCGUACGGUAGCCCGUAAACUUGCGGAAGAGAAACGCCUUAAUGCAACCUUCUUCUUCAACAGAUCAGAGAACGACAGAAAUACCUCUAAGCGGUUCUUCACAACUCUAGCAGGUCAACUGGUCGCAAAGCUGCCAGCAAUUGCCAACAGUAUGAAGAAUUCCAUUAGCUCUGAUCCACUCCUCCUUAGUAGCGGCCCAGCAGUUCAAUUCAAAAAGCUCAUCUCGGAGCCUCUACAGAACCUCUCACACAAGUCUUUAAAGACGUUGGUGGUCGUGGUUGAUGCUUUAGAUGAGUGCAGUACCGAAAAAGAUGUCUGUGUUCUUCUUAAGAUCUUAUCAAGACCCAUCUUCUCAAAAGAUGCAACCCAAAAAUCGGAUUCAAUGCCUCUCAUCAAAGUUUUCUUAACGAGCAGGCCGCAAUUUAUGGUUGGGCCCUCUUUCAUAAACAUGCCUGUCACAAUAAGCAACAAAUGGGAUGAAAGAAAACUCGAAGAGGCCACAAUAGAAACAACCGAACGUGAUUUAAGAAAAUUCCUGAAAUUUCGGCUAGGGAGGAUCAAUGGCCUUAUUGAACCUAUUCCAGGCCGAGAUCAAUGGUCAAAUCUGGAAGAUGUUAGAAAGCUUGAGGAACUCGUGCAAUUAGCCUGUCCGUUAUUCAUCUUUGCGGCCACAGCUUGUCGCUUUAUAGGGCAGGUUCGCCUUCCAGGCGGGCCAAAAGAACGUCUGCAGCAAAUACUCAACCAAAAGGCUCUAUCAGAAUUGCAGAGAACAUAUUUACCGGUUUUGAACCAACUGGUUACAGAACUAAUGGACGAGGACCGUGGAGCAGCUAUUGAUGAGUUUAAAUACAUCAUUGGAUCGAUACUCUCCCUUGGAGACCCAUUGUCAAUAUCAUCUCUUUCUAACCUCCUGGCAAAGCCGGUCACAAAUAUCCGCAAAGAACUAGAGCUUCUAGAGGCAGUCUUUGUUGUUCCGCCCCAGAACUCAAUCCCUGUGAAAGCGUUUCACAAGUCUUUUAGGGACUUUGUUCUUGGCCCCAGCUGCAAAGAAUUUCAGAUUAAUCAACCUGAGACUCAUAGAGGACUUGCUAAUCGAUGUAUAGAGCUGCUCUCUGCCACCCUGACGAAAGACAUAUGCCAAUUAAAAGCGCCUGGAAUUAAUCCAGAAGACCUCUCACCCCAAAGGAUUGAGAGCUACUUAUCACUUGAUGUUCAAUAUGCAUGUCGUUUCUGGGUUUAUCAUGCAAAGGAGAGCGGAUUGAAGGUCAAAGACAAUGAUCAAGUACAUUAUUUUCUCCAAACUCACCUACUUUUCUGGUUCGAAGCCUUGAGCCUUUCAGGAAGGCUGUUGGAAAGUAGCAAAGCUAUUCAGGAUCUUCAAAGUAUCGUCGAUCCGACAGAAGGUGCUCAUGUAAAGCUAUUCCUUCGUGAUAUAGAACGUUUCAUCUUGUCAUUUCGUUUCAUCAUUAGCAAGGCGCCACUGCAGUUGUAUAACUCGGCGCUUGUGUUUGCUCCAAAGGAAAGUCUUGUUCGGCAAAAGUUCAGCAAACUUUCAGACUUCUCAAGUUGGAUCGAUAACCCUCCAGUGGUAGCGUCUGACUGGAGCCCAUGUUUGCAAUCCUUUGAAGGCCAUACCAUCGAGGUCAAGGGUGUUGCCUUCUUGGAGAAUCACCGACUUGCAUCUGCAUGUGAUGGCACAAUCAAGAUCUGGGACCUAGCUUCUGGCAUUUGCUUACAAACUAUCGAAAUCCAUCAUACUGACGAGAGAUACAGCAUUUCGGUAGCGUUUUCGACAAACGGAAAGAUUGCGACCAGCUCAUGGGGCGAAAUUAAAAUAUGGGAUUUGGAUCAGGGUGAAUGCUUACAGACGGCUGAAAUUGCAGGAGAGGUCAACUCAAUGAAUUUUCUCGAAAAUGACAAACUGGUUGCCUUCAUCAACCCUGCUGUACUCGAUGUAUGGAGCAUGGAGGAGGGGAGGUGGCUACAGACGCGGUGGCCAUUUGAUCUAUCCGAGGGGGAUCCCAUGAAGGCUUUAAGCGGUCUUGAAACGACAACGGUAUCUGCGGAUGGUCAAUGGUUUGCCUGUGAAUUCCCUAUUCCGCGAACAAUCAAGAUCCUGAAAUUUGGUUCAGCAACUAUCGAAACAGUGACAACGAUCCAGCGGGCUCCUGACAACGUCUUUGACCUGGUCUUUUCAGAAGACUGUCAAUAUCUUGCAUCUACAUCAAAAGUGAGUCCGAGUGAGAGAAUAGCGGUCGCCAUCUGGGAGGUUGCUUCUGGCCGUUGUCUGCGGGCCACCACAAUAGACAUGAUCACGAGGACGAACUGCUCGACUUUCUCGCCGAAUAAUGACCUGUUUGCAACUGCAGCCUCGGCGGACACACGAGUUACAGUCUGGGGUUGGAAGAAUAGUACCGAGAUUAAAAACUUCAACGGUCAUAGUGAGAUUACGUCGUUGGCCUUUUCGCCAGACGGCGCAUGGCUCGCAGCAGGAUCAGAAAAGGGGCCUAUUCAGAUAUGGGACAUGUGUUCUUCAUUAACAGAACUGCCCAAGGCUCACGAAUUCGGUGCACCAUCUGUCGCCUUCACGUCGAAUGGCCAAAGACUUGUAUCAUCUGCAGUGCACGUGUUUGAUGCUCCGAAAAUUUGGGAUACUUCAACAGGUGCCUGUUUACAGGCGGAACCAUCUAUGAAUGUGCUUAGACGUUACCCUUACGUCCCCCAUCAUGUAGCCGCCUCGGCAAAGGGCCAAGCGCUAGCAUCAAAUAACUUCGAUGGAGGGUUCAGCAUCAGAGACCUCAAAACUGGCAUUCGGUCGAUCGUGCCAGAGAAAGACGUUGGCUCUGUCGUUUUAAUGGCAAUAUCGGUUGAUGGUGAGCGACUCAUGACGGGUGCAUAUCGACAAAGCAAUCUAUUAUCGAUUGAUAUAUGGGAUACAAAGACGUGUUCAUCUAUCCAUAAGUUUACAUACGGCCGGGAGUUCUCACGGGUUUUCUUUAUUGACGCCAUUUCUUCAGAUGGUAGACAGCUAGCAUUCUCAUUAGGCGGCGAAACCUUGGAGCUCUGGAAUCUAUCCACAAAUGAAAAAUUCGACAUUCCGGUUCCAUGCGCCUCUUGGUCAUCUAUUAGCUUCUCGGAAAAUGGGGAUCGGCUCGGAGUAGUGGUGACCCCAUCUAAUAUCAGCGUAUGGGACACUACAACAGGCACAUGUCUACAGCGUUAUGAGGGUAUACCUGAACCCCGUUUCUCAAUUCCCUGGCACUUGGACUCGAGUUUCGUGAAUGUAGACUUUACUUCUGGCACACAGUCCCUGAUGCAAUCACGAGCUGCGUGCUUGACAAAUUACAACAUCUCUCCCGACGGUGAAUGGGUUAUGCGACAGUCUGAGAAACUCCUCUGGUUAACCCCUGAAUACCGGCCAGGCCAUGCAGCAAUAUAUAAAUCGCAAAUCGCCAUUGGCUCUGAAAGCGGCAAUGUCAUUAUUCUCAACCUUUCAGUCUCAGACAGAGGAGAAUAA